CGGUCGCAGACAGCUUGAAAAACCGGCUCUGUGAGACAAGGAUCGCAAUGCCUGCGCCGUCCGCUCAGAAAACCGACUCUCAGUCAGUUUUGGAUGUGGAAGGCUACAACUACUUUGAACGCCACACGAUAAAGGAAGACAUCGAAGCCCUGAACAGAAUACGGUUCCACGUAAAGCCACGCGACGGCCAUCGACACUUGGACAUAGGGUGCGGGCCGGGGACCUUCACGACAGACUACCUCGUUCCCGUGUCUUCGCCGUGCAAAACGAUUCUGGCCAUUGACAAAUCGCCUUCGAUGAUCGACUUCGCGAAGAGAAACUCCGCGCACGAGAACGUAGAGUACCGUGUGUUCGACUUCGGCGGCACUGACGUCGCGGAGCUGCUGAACGCGUACGGUCACUUUGAUCGCGUCUAUUCGCUCCUGUGCUUCCAUUACGUCAAAGAUCAGCCUAAAUCCUUCAGAGAUAUCGCGCGGCUGCUGACACCGAAAUCCGGAGAGUGCCUCUUGAAGUCCGCACUCGCCUGUGAGCCAGUGGAUGCUUGGCUCCAAACGCACCUGAUGGAACGCUGGAGAGAUGCGACUCCCGACCCGAGGUUAGUGUACUCAAAUCAAUUCAAGUUUGACUUCGACAAGAACACGUCUGCCGCCGAAACGGAAAUGCGAUCUGUGGUCGCCGAAGCCGGGCUGACUUGCCUUGAAUGCUACGUUUACGAAACAGAAUGGCCGUUUCCUGACGUCAAAAGUUGUGUCGACGCCUUUUUUGACGCGUUCGAAUUAUUCAAGAGCGUUCCAUCCUCGGAUAUCACCGACUUCAAGAAGGACUGGACGCGCAUCCUUGAUCACCGCUCGGGACAAGGGCCUGGAGCGUUCGCCAUGAAGAUAACGUGGUGCUGCGUUCAUGCGCAAUCGCCGUCUACGUGAAUGGACUGUUCAUGAAGCACAACAUCAGCUGAAAAAUUGCAGCUUAUAAAUAAUGUUU